UGUGAUUGUCACUUGUCACUUUUGUAGAAGCGGAGCUUGUCAUGCGAAUGUUUUUGUUUUUCUCUAUUUUCCAUUUUUCUCUUUCAAUAGUUUUAAUAUUUAAGAAUAUUAAUAUUACUAAUUUUAUAUAGCUUACUGGUUUAUAGAAAUAAGGCGAACAUAUAAUUAUGGCUGACGACUCUUGGAGAACCCACGCCUUUAGGCAGAAUGUUGUAGCAAAAAUAGAGGAAGCUAUUCGUCAAUCAGGCAUGAAUACAUCCAGAAACAGCAUAGAAAUGGAAAAUCACGUUUUUCAGAAAGCAAAGAACAAGGAGGAAUAUCUCAGUUUUGUCGCAAGACUCAUUCUUCAUGUUAGGGAAAUGAACAGCAAGAAGGGACAACCUGGCCCAAUGAAUGGAGUGCCAGGUGCCCAACAGCAACAGGGUCCUGGCAUGCCAGAUCCUAUUAAUGCCUUGCAGAAUCUGGCUAGUCAAGGUAGUCGAAACGCCAUGGUUAAUAUGGGGGGACCUCCACAACCAGGUUCCAUGGGCGGGCCUGGACAGGGAGCUGCUAAUUUGCUACAAACGUUAAACCGCGGUCCAGGCGGUCAACCGAUUAUGAUGCCAGGAAAUAUGUCUAUGCAGGUCCCUCAUAUGCAGUCCAUGGGCAUAGCAGGAGGAAAUCAGAUGCCUGGGCAAAUACCUAUGCAACUUCAGGGACAAAUUGGUGGCCAAAUGGGCGGGCAAAUGGGUGGCCAGAUGCAGAUGCAAGGCGCAGUCGUUUCUCAAGGUCAAAUGGGUCCAGGUCAAAUGGGACCCGGCGGUAUGCAAAUGGGUCCAGGAUCCAUGCAAGGACCAAUGGGUAACCAGAUGAUGGGAGGUCCCAUUCAACAAAUACAACAACCUAGGCAACCAAAUCCACCCAACGCGAUGUUAUUGAAUCCACCUAUGAUGGGUGGUGGAGGAUAUGUGAGACAACCAGGGCCAAAUCAAAUUUUUGUUCAGUCACCUCUACAGCAGUCAGCACAAUCUCCAGCUAGUAGCGGUAUGUCUCAACAACCUAGUGCGUCACCAGCAUUAGUACCUAGUCCAGGCACGCCCAUGGGGAUGAUGGGUGGCCCUAGGCCUCCUAGUAUGGCCCCCAGUCCUGGAGGUUCUCUAAACACACCAGGUCAGCCAGGUCAAAGUCCUAUGGGUGCUGGCGGACCAAUGACUGAUGAACAGGCUUAUAGAGAAAAGGUUAGGCAACUCAGCAAAUAUAUUGAACCAUUAAGAAAAAUGAUUGCUAAAAUGGGCAAUGAUGAUGUCGAGAAAAUGAGCAAAAUGAAGAAAUUACUAGAAAUUCUUUCCAAUCCACAACAAAGAAUGCCCCUGGAUACAUUAAUUAAAUGUGAAAUAGUCUUGGAAAAAAUCGACUUUAAGAGAGGUGAUGGUUCUGUUAAUGCUACUUCAGCGCCACACUUACCAUUUAGAGAACCACAUGUAUUCCAUCCUUUGUUAGAUGCUGUAGGUCAAAAUCUUCAAAGUCCAGUUAUUAAUCAUACCUUACAUCGUACUUUUGGACCUACCUUAGAUGCAUUAUUUGGACCUGAGUUUAAGUUAGUACCGCCAUUAAAAAAAUUGAGUGUUGAAGAACCUACUAGCGAGAUUCCCGAUGUUCUACAAGGAGAAAUUGCUAGGUUAGAUCAACGGUUUAAAGUUAGUCUGGAUCCCAAUCAGCAACCUGGUUCGAAGUGUAUUCAGUUAACCUGCUGGCUUGACGAUAAAAAUCUUCCAUGCGUUCCGCCGAUAUCAUUAAUGAUACCAGAGGAAUAUCCUAAAGAAUCGCCGACAUGUCAUAUGGCGUCUCACGAGUAUAAUGCAACCAAAUUUUUAUCAGAUGUCCAGACCGCUCUUCUGGCUAGAGUUAAGAAGCUUCCGAAACAUUUCUCUCUGUCUCAACUGCUGGACACUUGGGAAAUGAGCGUUAGGCAAGCGUCAGCUCCCUCGAACAUUCCAAUAAGUUCAUUCGCUCUGUUAAUGGGGCUUUGAAGUGUAUUUAUCCUUUUAUAUUAUCUCAGUAAAGGUAAUUAUUGGUUCUAUAAAAGUUCGUGCAAUGCGAUCAUUAUAAGCUGAAAAAUGCUAUAGUCUGUUCAACGAGUCAGGGUAGAUUUCUACAGACGUCAUCCAAAAAUGACAGAAAAUAUAGUUUACCUGUGAAUUAAAAUGACAGACACAGCUGUCACGAUCGCAGAUUCUCUCAUUACACAGUCUAUGUAGGAAUAAUAUCUUCAUUGGGAACUCAUAUUUAAAAGUGUUUUUGAGCUUAGAGUGAAUCUAUUGGUAAAAUAUAUAUUUUAAAAGUGUUAAAUGAGAUACUGAGGAACAACUAUGUUUUUUUUUUAUUUAUUAUAAGACAUAAAGUAUAA